CUCUAGAUCUGAACUCUACGACUAGAUCUCCAUCCAACCAUGUCCAGCUCCCAUCCUCAACGCACCUUCAGCGAAAUUGCAGAUGCAGGAGACUACAAACCAGCGCGCAAAUUUAAAGGCCAGCCAGCCAUCUCCUUCACAGACGAGGAUGUGAGUGCGCUCUCAUCUAGAUUCUCUCGAACAAUUGUUGGGCGCUUCAUCAAAGGGAGACCAAGCCUUAUCUCAACCAGAAAGGCCUUUGAACGAAUUGGCUUUGAAAACGAUUUCUCUGUAAGUCUCCUAGAUGAAUGCCAUAUUUUGAUCAAUUUCGUAUCUGAAAAAGACUUUCUAAGAUGUUUGUUGCGGAAAUAUUGGAAGAUAAAUGGAUUCACCUUGAAAGUUUUCCGAUGGACUCCUUAUUUCGACCCUAAUGCUGAUUCCCCAUUAAUCCCAGUUUGGAUAGGCCUUGAAGGCCUACCUAUACAUCUAUUUGAUUCUCUUGCUUUAUAUUCUAUUGGAAAUUUGCUUGGUAAACCUUUAAAGACUGAUUCAGCAACAGCAACUCUUUCGAGACCCUUUGUUGCCCGAAUUUGUGUUGAGAUAGAUACCAGUAAAGAACUUCCCCGUUGUGUUUGGAUUCACCUGGGAGAACUGACUUUCCUACAGCCAAUCACCUAUGAAGAUCUCCCAGACUAUUGCCCCUCAUGCAAAUCUUUUGGUCACAAAAAUUGCAAAAGAAAGAAUGAGACCUCUAGAUGGGUUAAAGGGAGUACUGAAACUGGGAAUACAACAACUGUUGUUGCUGUCUCUAAACCUGGAGUGACCCAAACAACACAAGAGGUUGCUUUGCAAACAAACCUAGGUGGUUCAAGUGUUGAGAAUGAGGCAACUGUGUCUGUGUCUCCUGUCAAAGAAACAGACUCAAAUACAGCUGGGGCUGCUACCCCAAGAGUUCUAGUUGAUGCCAUGGCAACCAAAGUACCUGCUACUAUAACUCCCCCUGACAGCUUCCUAGCAACUAGCGUAAGUGUUGACUCAGUCCCUAAUGUUCGUGAUGACACAGAUAAUGUUGAGAAAGUUUUUGAUGCAAUUCUUCCCAAGAGUUGUACAGAAGCUUAUCCUGAUGUUAAGAAAAUUUCUGAUGGUUGUGAAGUUACUCCUACUGACAAUUGCCCAGCAGCAUGUGGUAACAGUGAGGUAAUAUUGGCAACUCCUACCAACAUCCAAGAUGAUACCCCUGAUAUGGAUGGAACCCAACUCUCCUCUACCUUAUAACAAUGAACACUGCCACAGCGCACAUAAUCUGUCUUCCGAAGCAGAAUUAGAAGACACACACUGUUGACACUUAUAAUAAUGAAGAGUUCAAUUC